AUGAAAAGCCCUUACAUCAUCUUCAGUAUAGAGAAAAGGAAAGAAAUCAAAGAGAAGAAUCCAAAGGCAAGCUUCGGAAAAAUCGCAAAGAUCAUAGGAAAGAUGUGGAAAGAAUUAAGUGAAGAAGAAAAAAACGUUUGGAUUGAAAAGGCUAAAGCCCAAACUGAAGAGGCAAACUAG